AUCACGAAAUGGGUCGAGUUAUUUCUCACACCGGAAUGUUCUGUUCUACCUUAAACCUUCUCCAAAUUCCUACAUAUUCUAUGAAUUUCUGAGUUUUCAAUUUUGUUUUCUCAAUCUUGAAGAAAAAGAAGAAUAUGUCGUCUUUGUUCCAAAAAGAAUUUCGUUUGAUGACCCUUCGGCGCCUGAAAGAAUCCCUUGAAUGGAUUUCAAGGACUCAUUUUUGCGGCGAAUUAUCUUCCAACAAUGUCGGCGAAACAGUUCGCCUCUGUGGCUGGGUUGCAUAUCACCGAUCCCACGGUGGACUCGCCUUUCUCAAUCUUAGAGACCAUACCGGCAUUAUUCAGGUUAAAACACUUACUCAUGAAUUUCCAGCCGCACAUUAUGCUCUCAAUAACGUAAGACUCGAGUAUGUCGUUGCCAUUCAAGGUGUUGUUAGGUCUCGUCUAAUUCAAUCAAUCCACAACAACAUGAAAACCGGCUUCAUCGAAAUUGUUGCAAAUGAGGUUCAAGUGUUAAACUCUGUCAAUGCAAAGUUACCAUUCUUAGUUACCACACAUGAUGAUGAUCAUGCCAAAGAUUCUCUUAAAGAGGAAACCCUUUUGAGGUAUCGAUGUCUUGAUCUAAGGAGGCAGCAAUUGAAUUCUAACAUGUUGCUGCGGCAUAAUGUGGUUAAACUCAUACGAAGAUAUCUAGAAGACAUACAUGGUUUUGUGGAGAUUGAAACUCCAAUAUUGUCAAGAUCCACACCAGAAGGUGCCCGGGAUUAUUUAGUUCCAUCAAGAAUCCAGCGAGGAACAUUCUAUGCCUUGCCACAAAGCCCUCAGCUAUUUAAGCAAAUGCUAAUGGUAGCUGGUUUUGAUAAAUAUUAUCAAGUAGCAAGAUGUUUUCGGGAUGAAGAUUUAAGAGCUGAUAGACUACCUGAGUUCACACAACUAGAUAUGGAAAUGGCUUUUACUCCUUUAGAAGAUAUGUUUUCUCUUAAUGAAGAGUUGAUCAGAAAGGUUUUUCUUGAAAUUAAGGGUGUGGAAUUACCAAAUCCUUUCCCUAGGCUUACAUAUGCUGAAGCAAUGAAUAGAUAUGGUUCGGACCGUCCAGAUACCAGAUUCGAUCUAGAAUUAAAAGAUGUAUCUGACAUUUUCUCAAGGUCUUCCUUCAAGGUUUUCUCUGAUUCCUUGGAGUGUGGUGGAGUUAUUAAAGUAUUGUGUGUACCUUCUGGUGCAAAAAAGUACCGAAAUUUUGGUGCAUUCGGUUUACCUUUUCUCAAGAUCACAGAGAAUGGGGAUAUUAAGGGAAUUUCUGCUUUAGUAUCAAGUAUGGAUCCUGCAACUACAGUGGAUUUGUUAAGGCGAUGCUCUGCGGGACCAAGUGAUCUGAUUUUAUUUGCAGUUGGUCAUCAUGCAUCUGUAAAUAAAACUCUAGGUUGUCUUAGAGUUUCUGUGGCAAAUGAAUUAGGUUUGAUCGACCAUGCCAGACAUUCAAUUUUGUGGAUUACCGACUUUCCAAUGUUUGAGUGGAAUGAUUCGGAGCAGAGGCUUGAGGCUCUUCAUCAUCCUUUCACUGCACCAAAUCCUGAAGACAUGAACGACCUUGCAUCGGCUCGUGCAUUGGCUUAUGACAUGGUUUACAAUGGGGUGAAGAUUGGUGGGGGGAGUUUGAGAAUUUAUAAACGCGACAUACAACAAAAGGUUUUGGAGACUGUAGGCAUCUCAAUGGAGCAGGCUGAAGCGAAGUUUGGACAUCUUCUUGAAGCUCUUGACAUGGGGGCUCCGCCACAUGGAGGCAUAGCUUUUGGUCUGGACAGAUUGGUUAUGUUGCUAGCUGGUGCUAAUUCAAUCAGGGAUGUCAUUGCUUUCCCAAAAACAUCAACUGCUUUCCCAAAAACAAGAACUGCACAGUGUGCCCUCACCAGAUCACCUUCCGAGGUGGAUCCCCGACAGCUGAAAGAUCUUUCAAUCACUACAUAGAUAGGCAUUUAACUCUUAAUAGUUAUGUUGCUUAUACCCAUUUUUGUACUCUGUUAAAGAAUAGUAUACGUACAUUUAAAUAAAUCAAUGUGUAUUUUUAGGAGGGUUACCAUGUAAACCUACAUUUUCAUGUUGUUCAUCAUAUUUUUUUCGAGCCGAAGAAAAUCAUAUUGAUUUUAUUUAAGUCCAGUUGGACUUGAUUACAA